GAUUUGCUUGUUUUCUGCAGUGUCUGCGGUGUCUGCAGCAUCUACAGAGACAUCGUAGCUCUGUUAUAUAAGGCACGCUGCCGACGUUAGCGCUUUAAACUUUUAUGGCGGUUGUCUUGUGCAACGUUUCCGAGUUACCCGCUUUGUUUUCCGCACUCUUGUUCACUAGACACUAAACUGUCUGGCGAAGAUUGAAAGAUAACUCGCGGAGUCCUCUUCACUUUCGGCGUGUACAAAUAGUGGGGAUUGUCCGCGUUGCUGGCUGUUGCUGCGAUUGUUCGUAAAAGAUGGCCAAGGAACCGAUUCGUGUGCUGGUGACGGGAGCGGCAGGCCAGAUUGCCUACUCCCUGGUGGCCACCAUUGCCCGGGGAGAGGUAUUUGGGGCUGAUCAGCCCAUCAUCCUCCACCUGCUGGACAUUCCCAUGAUGCUGGGUGUCCUUAAUGGUGUAGUCAUGGAACUGAUAGACUGCGCCUUCCCCCUGCUCAAGGACAUAGUGGCAACAGACAGCGAGCAGACGGCGUUUGCGGCAAUCGAUGUGGCCUUCCUGGUGGGCUCGAUGCCGCGCAAGGAGGGCAUGGAGCGCAAGGACCUGCUGGCGGCCAACGUCAAGAUCUUCAAGAGCCAGGGCCGCGCCCUGGACCAGCACGCCAAGAAGUCUGUCAAGGUGCUGGUCGUGGGCAACCCAGCCAACACCAAUGCCUUGGUGUGCUCCAAGUUUGCCCCGUCCAUCCCAAAGGAGAACUUCUCGGCCAUGACCAGGCUGGACCACAACCGGGCCAAGGGUCAGAUCGCCCAGAGGCUCAAGGUAUCGCCCGCGGACGUGCGCAACGUGGUCAUCUGGGGCAACCACUCAUCCACCCAGUUCCCGGAUGCCAACCACGCCACGGUCAACCUCGACGGCAAGACGGUCAAGGUUACGGAGGCCAUCAACGACGCCGACUACUUCAAGGGGGACUUUGUCACGACGGUGCAGAAGCGUGGUGCUGCGGUGAUUGCGGCCCGCAAGCUGUCGAGCGCCAUGUCGGCUGCUAAGGCGGCGGCUGACCACAUGCACGACUGGUGGCAGGGCACCUCCGAGGGCGAGUGGGUGUCCAUGGCGGUGAUCAGCGACUGCUCGUACGGAUCCCCCGCCGACGUGAUGUUCAGCUACCCCGUGCACGUGGACAACCAGAGGCGCUGGCGCAUCGUGACCGGACUGCCAAUCUCUGACUUUGCCCGGGCCAAGCUAGACGCCACGGGCAAGGAGCUGAUGGAGGAGCGCGAAGAGGCCCUGGCCGUCUGCAAAGAUUGACGCGAGGCGCCGUCCGCUCCGGCCAAGCUCUGAGGGCCACGGCGCGAAGCCCCACCGCUCGAGGGAGGCCGGCGGACGGCCGGAUUGACGUCGGAUCGACGGCCGGACAUCGGAUUUACUAACCGCGGUGGAGGGGCUUCUAACCAGAGAGAGUGCGACGCGUAGCUUCGUCGCUCUAGCUUGGGGACGUAGGGGUAGGCUUUGGAAUGGUCAAUAAACGAGACCUUUGAUACUCUG